GCGCAUGUCGGCGCGUUACGUCAUGGUGACGUCACUCGUAAACACACACACAGACACACAGUGGUGCCUCGCGAAUGAGCUAGUAAAGUUACGUAGCGUCAAUUUAAAGCUUUUAAUGAGUGAUGUUGUGAGUCGACCUGACUCAGAACAGUUUGCAACAGCACGGCUGAACGUCUGCCGACAGCACCGACGGUGUUUACCGACGAAACGGCGACGAGACACGCGCUCGUGCCGGCGGUUGGCGGCUAACGGUCGGUUAGCUGCUAACUUAGCUGCUAACUUAGCUGCUAACGUGCUAACUGGUGGGUAGCGGUCACUGAGUGAGCAUGUCGGCCGGCUUCCCCACGCCCAUGUACGGCCACGCCGGACGGGGAGCCUUCAGAGACGUGUACGAGCCGGCGGAGGACUCGUUCCUCCUGAUAGACGCUCUGGAGAAAGAUGCGGAGAGACUGCAGCUCAUGCGCCCCUGUGUGUGUCUCGAGGUGGGCAGCGGCUCUGGAGUGGUGUCGGCGUUCCUGGCGACCGUGGUCGGACCUUCAGCUCUUUAUCUCUGCACUGACGUGAAUCCAGCAGCAGCACAGUGCACAGCACAGACGUCUUCCUGUAAUAACGUCUCCCUGCAGCCUGUCAUCACCUCCCUGGCUGAGGGUUUGCAGCCGCGCUUAAGUGGGAAAGUGGACGUCCUUCUCUUCAACCCUCCGUAUGUGGUCACGCCCUCAGAAGAGGUCGGAAGCACGGGGAUAGAAGCCGCCUGGGCCGGCGGGAAGCGAGGGCGAGAGGUGACCGACAGAUUUCUGCCUGCGGUGGCGCAGCUGCUCUCCAGUAAAGGCUUGUUUUACCUCAUCACCAUCGCUGAGAACGACCCGGAGGAGAUCAUCCGAUUACUGGGCCAGCAUGGUUUGAAGGGAGAGUCGUGUUUGUCUACCAGAGCAAGAAACGAGAGGCUGUCCGUCCUGCGCUUCGAGAAGAGCUAACAAAGACUGUGAGAGGACGACGGGAACUUUGAACCCAAGACCUGUCAGACGGGUGACAGUCUUCCAUGUGAUGCGUCCGUUCUCAGGCCAGGCAGCUCCAUGGCGGCGGGGAAGGCUUGGUGCUCGGCCUCUCUGGUCCUGUCCGUCAGGCUCUCCUCCGCAUCGGCGCCUAGCACCGGCACCACCUCCUGCACGAUGAUGGCGCCGGCGUCCACCUCUUCCUGAACACAGAGAACAAAACAAAUAUGGUGAACACGGUUAGGAUUCACACGCUGUUUCAUUUCUGGACGAACGUCUCUUUGAGGAUCCUCAUGAAUCCAGCCAAGACACACCAUCUGUUUGUGGUCGACCACCUGAUGAGGACCAAACAUUUACUUCAAUUAAAUCAGAUUUAAUUAGUGUAAGACUGUUCAAACCUAUAAUGUUUAAAUACAGUAAAUGUCUUAAGUUGCUAAAAUGACACCUCGCUGUGAGUUUUAUUCUGAAAAGCUCGUGUCGUGUGUUUGUUAUCUUCACCCGUGUCUGGAUGCCGGCCAGCGACGCUCUCUUCAGGCCCUGAACUCCAGGUCUGUUGGAGAUGACUACAACAAUCUCUGCAGAGCUGGACGGACGUUGGCCUGCUUGAUUUUAUGUCGUGUUCGUUCUUUCUUUCUUUCUUUCUUUCUUUCUUUCUUUCUUUUCUUUUUUACUACUUUCUUUCUUACUUACUUGGUAUUGCUUUCACCUUUUAUGUUGAAUUGCCUGAAUAAAACAACUCUAACACGAUAUUAACAUUUUCCGAGGUGUGUGUGUUUGUGAAUGUAUGUUAGCCUUACUAACACGCUAACGGACGAGCAGCCGACAGAUUCCUCUACCUCCGUCAUUACUCUGCGUGUAGUCGUUGUCGUCUCUUGAUAGUCUACCGUCUGACACCUUGUAAAGAUGACAACAACCGUUGUUGAAUUGCCUGAAUAAAACAACUCUUACACGA